AAGUGGUCUUUGAAUUUUCCCACGCCCAGGUUGCCCUGGUUGGAAAGGUUUUUUUUCCCCACGCCUGGAAGGGAAAACAGAGCGGUCAUUUUAGCCAUCUCUGCCAACUCUUAUCAACUUUGGCAGCCCUCCGUCCAUUGUGGGUCACGUCCUCUCCCUUAAGAGCACUGCAGCACCAGCCCACUCAACAUCUUGGAGGUGUGAGGAUGGCUCAUCUCCUUCCAGACCUUUGCAAAGAGACCCCUUCGAGCGACGACGGUGGCCUCUGGGCCAGCAACAGGAACCGCAGGCAGAAAGUGAAGGAGGAGAUCCAGAGGGAAGGGACGGCCGGCUUAGAAGCCCAACGCUUGCACUUCAGGCACUUUGGCUACCAAGAAGCUGAAGGGCCCCAAGAGGUGUGUAACCAUCUCUGGGAACUUUGCAACCUGUGGCUGAAACCCGAAAGGCACACCAAAGAACAGAUCCUCGAACUGGUAGUCCUGGAGCAAUUCCUGACCGUCCUGCCGCCAGAAAUCCAGAACUGGGUCCAAGAUCUCCAGCCAGAGAAUUGCAUCCAGGCGGUGUCCUGGGCGGAAGAUUUCCUGCUGAGACAGCAACAGGAGGAGAGUCAGAAAGAGCCAAGGAUGAGAGUCUUCAAAGAAGAGACAAUCUGUUUUCAGGAGGCUGAAGAAGCUUCGUCUGAUUCCUGGCAGAAGGUCAUUUUAGGCGAAAUCAAACAGGAAGAGGAAGAGGAGGAUGUCACAUCUCUUGGUGGUGAGCAAGUGCCUGAGGAGGCCUCGGCGAAUUCUUCAGAACCAGGAUCACAGGGGAUUCUCUGCAGAAGAGCUGAUCAACAUAGGUCCUGUACGCCUGAACCAGAGGAAGCCUCUGAAAGCCAGCCAGGAGGCUACAUGGAAAAGAGGAAAGACGGCCUUAUUGCCACUUCACUAGGUUUCCAGCAGGCCAGGGGAAACAGAGGUGGAGUCCAGCCCAGGAUCCAAGACGAGCAAUUGAAAAAAUGCCUGGACUGUGGGAAAGGCUUUGUGUGGCCCUCCGAACUGAUCGAACACCGGCGGUCGCACACGGGUGAGCGGCCCUAUUCCUGCGUGCACUGCGGGAAGAGCUUCAGCCGCAAGUCCUACAUUAUAAAGCACGAGCGGAUCCACACGGGCGAGAAGCCCUACAUUUGCGCCCACUGCGGCAAGGGCUUCGUUUCUAAAUCGGACCUCAUCAAGCACGAACGGACCCACACGGGCGAGAAACCUUACCUCUGCCCCGACUGCGGGCGCAGCUUCAGCAGGAAGCAGUUCCUGGUGAGCCAUCGGAGGACGCACACUGGGGAGAAGCCGUACAAGUGCGCCGAAUGCGGCAAGAGCUUCAGCCAGCGGACGUGUCUGGUCAUCCACGAGAGAGUCCAUACCGGCGAGAAGCCGUUCCAGUGCCCGGUGUGCGGGAAGAACUUUGGGAGAAGGGAUAUUCUCGUGACACACCAGAAACUCCACGCCCGAGGAAAGGCUUUGCGCUGCUCCGAGUGGCUGUGAAAUGGCUACUUCAACGAGCACAGGACACGAGGGGCCUCCUUCCGCAAAUGUUAUUUGGGAAGGGAUUAAAAGUGGCGAAUGGAGAGGGGUGCAUGUAAGUGUAGGACAGGGGUGUCAAACUCAAUUUCACUGAGGGCCGCAUCAGCAUUGCAGUUGCCCUGGGGGAGCUGGGUGGGUGUGGCCAGAGUGG